AAUGUCCUAUUCAGUAAAGAUGUCCUGUUCUAUCCUAUUCAGUAGAGAAUAGGACACAUUUUUAGAUGAGGUAUCCAAUUCAGGAGAAUUGGAUGUGGAACUGAGUAUUUCGUAUUUAGAGAUAGUCGAGAUGCUGGCCGGACAGGUGUCACAGAGUUGUAAUAAAUAGGUGCUGGUAUUGAGUGCUGAUUGUAUACUAGGUCCUGUACUAGACACCGUACAUACAUUGGCUCAUUUAGUCCCUACAAGGAGAUGACCUGAUUUUUUAUGGUUUUAUAAAUCUGGAAAUUGAGACGAAGAGGUGUUGAGAUCACAUAGCUAUGAAACGUUGGAACUGGAGCUCCAACACAAUUGUAAUCACUAUCAUAAUGUCUCAGUGUCUUCAUGGUAAAUCACCCUGGAGCAGUACUCCAAAUGCCCGGUUCUGGCUCCUAAAGUUUCCCUUGGUAAGGUCAUUGAUGUAGGGACUGACAGGGCAAUGUCAAGGAACACUCCCAGAUUUCUGGCAUGAGGAUUUGAAUAGGCGAUUGACAGUGUCAUUUAUUAAAUUAAGGAAUUGUGUCAGAACCAGUUUAUUGGGGAGGGCAGUCCAGCUGUGGUUUCCUAAUUAGUAAAAUGAGAUUUGAUAUUCCAGACUGGAUUUUUUGGGAGAUGAACUAGAUUUCUAUGUUAGGAUCCCUUUCAGGUGUGAGAUGCAACAGUUUGAGGGGAGUUUCUGUGUUCUACUGUCUAUGAGAUAGAUAGUGAUGUUUGAUUUUAAAGUUUCUUUUUGGCAAAACGUUUAAAAGAACCGUUGAGCCUUAAUCUUGAAAAGUUUCUGGUUCAACUUAUUCCCCAUUGCAGAAAUUUCUUCUGAAACCAUCUUUCCAUUAUUUGCUUGACACCUCCCAACAUCUGCUUAACACUUUCAGAGGAGACCCAUUCCAAGAGUGGACAGUUUUUCUAUUGGAAAGUUCUUCCAUUCAUUCAUAGUCACUUCUUCCACAAAUGUUUAUCCAGCAGCUGCUAUGUGGCAGGCAUAUUUCUGUACUAAGAUACAGAAGCAAACAAACUUGACAAAAGUUUAUGUCCUCAUUGAACUUACAAUUUAGUAGGAGAAAACAGAUAAUAAGUUAAAUAAACUAUUUAAUUUUAUCUUAGACAUUGGUAAGUUAAUGGAAAAAAAUAAAACAGAAGGGGAGAAUGGGGGUAAGUGUGCAAUUUUUAAGUAGUUUGGACUGGGAAGUCUCACUAAGAAAGUGACAUUUUGGCAAAUGCUCGAAGGAAGUGAGCAAGCCCUGUGGUCAUUUGAAGGAAGAGCUGAUACAAAGGGAAAAAGGAAUAAAAUGACAGUAUAUUCAAGGAUGGGAAUUUUUAGGGAGGAGGGAAGAUGAAUGGUCUGCACACAUGAAUGUGUUGUAGCCUCUAGAAGGGGUGUGGAAGGAAAACAGCCCCUGCCUGACAGGAGAAUCUGUGUCCUCAGGGUAGAAGGUGGUUCAAGAAGAUGAAGAGAACAUUCAGAAAAGAGAUUGAGGCUGUAGAGGUUUGGUUGAUGAUGGAAUGUGAGUUCUAGAGGACCUCAUGGGUCUGGCAAGGUAAUGGCGUGCCCAGUGAUGGAAACUGGCUCACUUUUUACCUCAGGAAUUAAGAGACAUGUGAAAGACAAAAGAAUUUCAAAGACUGCUAAGUUGAAUGUUUCUCUUGCUUCAAAAAUAAAAACAAAAAUUCUAAAUAAUUCUUCUAUUUUCAAAAUAUCUUUAAAGCACAACAACAGGGCAUUAGCUCAGGCUCUUAGUAGAGAAAAAGAGAAUUCUCGAAGAAUUACAACUGAAAAGAUGCUAUUGCAAAAAGAAGUAGAGAAACUGAAUUUUGAGAACACAUUUCUUCGCCUAAAGCUGAAUAACUUGAAUAAGAAGCUUAUAGACAUAGAAGCUCUCAUGAACAAUAACUUGAUAACUGCAAUUGAAAUGAGCAGUCUUUCUGAGUUCCAUCAGAGUUCCUUUCUACUGUCAGCUAGCAAGAAGAAACGAAUUAGUAAACAGUGCAAGUUGAUGCGUCUUCCAUUUGCAAGGGUUCCAUUACCUUCAAAUGAUGAUGAAGAUGAUGAUAAAGAGAAAAUGCAGUGUGACAACAAUGUUAAAUCAAAGACGUUACCUGAUAUUCCCUCUUCAGGAUCAACAACACAAACUUUAUCAACUCAGGAUAAUUUGGAAGUGUUAUUUCUUAAAGAAAAUAAUCAAAAUGUAUAUGGUUUAGAUGAUUCAGAACAUAUUUCUUCUAUAGCUGAUGUACCUCCCAGAGAAAGCCAUUCCCACUCAGACCAAAGUUUUAAGAGUUCUCUAACGAGUGAGAUGAGAAACGCCCAAUCUAUUGGCCACAGAUGGGAGAAACCAUCUCCUAGUAAUGUGACUGAAAGGAAGAAGCGUGGGUCAUCUUGGGAAUCAAAUAAUCUUUCUGCAGACACUCCCUGUGCAACAGUUUUAGAUCAACAACACAUUUCAAGUACAGAAUUAAAUUGCAAUGAUGAGAUAAAUGGUCAUACUAAUGAAACAAAUGCUGAAAUGCAAAGAAAUAAACAGGAUCUUCCUGGCUUAUCUUCUGAGUCUGCCAGAGAACCUAAUGCAGAGUGCAUGAAUCAAGUUGAGGAUAAUGAUGACUUUCAAUUGCAGAAAACUGUGUAUGAUGCUGACAUGGAUUUAACUGCUAGUGAAGUCAGCAAAAUUGUCACAGUUUCAACAGGUAUUAAAAAGAAAAGUAAUAAAAAAACAAAUGAACAUGGAAUGAAAACUUUCAGAAAAGUGAAAGAUUCAAGCUCUGAAAAAAAGAGAGAAAGAUCAAAGAGACAGUUUAAAAAUAGUUUAGAUGUGGAUAUCGGGGAAAAGAUUGAAAACAGGCCAGAAAGAUCUGAUGUCCUGGAUGGCAAAAGGGAUGCUGAAGAUCCUGGUUUUAUUUUCAAUAAUGAACAGCUGGCUCAGGUGAAUGAACUGAAGAAAAUGACCCUUCAAACUGGCUUUGAACAAGGUGACAGAGAAAACAUACCGUGUAAUAAAAAGAAGAAAAGAAUAACAAAUGAGCAAGAGGAAACAUACUCCUUAUCCCAAAGUUCAGAUAAAUUUCACCAGGAGAGUAAACUUGAUAAGGGUCAGAAUUCCCUAACUUGUAAUAAAAGUAAAGCUUCUAGACAGACAUUUGUGAUUCACAAAUCAGAAAAAGAUAACUUACUGCCAAACCAAAAGGAUAAAGUAACCAUUUAUGAAAACCUAGAUGUCACAAAUGAAUUUCAAACAGUCAGUCUUUCCACCAAAGAUAAUGAAAAUUUAUGUGAUUAUGGGACCCACAAUAUAUUGGAUUCGAAAACGUAUGUCACUGAUAUUCAACCUUCUGAGCAAAAUGAAUCAAACAUUAAUAAGCUUAGAAAGAAAGUAAACCGGAAGACAGAAAUAAUUUCUGGAAUGAACCACAUGUAUGAGGAUAAUGAUAAAGAUGUGGUGCAUGGCCUAAAAAAAGAUAUAUUUUUUUUCGAAACCCAAGAGAAUAAAGAACCUAUCUCUGAAAACAUAGAAGUUUCCAAAGAGCUUCAAAUCCCAGCUCUUUCUACCGGAGAUAAUGAAAAUCGAUGUGACUAUAGGACCCAGAAUGUGUUGGGUUUGCAAAAGCAGAUCACCAAUAUGUACCCCGUUCAGCAAAAUGAAUCAAAAGUUAAUAAGAAGCUUCGGCAGAAAGUAAAUCGGAAGACAGAAAUAAUUUCUGAAGUGAAUCAUUUAGACAAUGACAAAAGUAUAGAAUACACAGUUAAAAGUCACUCACUCUUUUUAACUCAAAAAGAUAAGGAAAUCAUCCCUGGAAACCUAGAAGACCCAAGUGAGUUUGAAACACCUACUGUUUCUACCAAAGAUAGUGGAAACCUGUAUGAUUCUGAGAUUCAAAAUGUUUUGGGGGUGAAACAUGUCUAUGAUAGGCAACCUGCUUGUCAAAAUGAUUCAAAAAUAGGUAAGAAGCUUCGACUAAAUGUAUCUCAAAAGUCGGAAAUAAUUCCUGAAACCAAUCAAAUAUAUGAGAAUGAUGACAAAGGUGUACAUGACCUAGAAAAACAUAACUUCUUUUCUCUAACCCCAAAGGAUAAAGAAACAAUUUCUGAAAAUCUACAAGUCACAAAUGAAUUUCAAACAGUUGAUUGUCCCAUCAAAGAUAAUGGAAAUUUAUGUGAUUAUGACACCCAGAGUAUAUUGGAUUUGAAAAAGUAUGUUACUGAUAGGAAAUCUGCUGAGCAAAAUGAAUCAAAAAUAAAUAAGAAGCUCAGGAAUAAAGUGAAUUGGAACACAGAAAUAAUUUCUGAAGUGAACCAGAUAUAUGAGGAUAAUGAUAAAGAUGUACAUGUCCAAGAAAGCUAUACAAAAGAUCUUGAUUUUAAAGUAAAUAAAUCUAAACAAAAACCUGAAUGCCAAGACAUUAUCAAUGAACACUAUAUGGAAAUCAACAGUAAUGAAAAGGAAAGUUGUGAUCAAAUUUCAGAUUCCUACAAAGUAGUUAAAAAGUGUAAGAAAGAAUCAUCAUGUAAAGCAAAGAACAUUUUGACAAAAGGUAAGAACAAACUUGCUUCACAGUUAACAGAAUCUUCACAGAUAUCUAUCUCCUUAGAAUCUGAUUUAAAACAUAUUACUAGUGAAGCAGAUUCUGAUCCAGGAAACCCGGUUGAACUAUGUAAGACUCAGAAGCAAAGCACUACCACUUUGAAUAAAAAAGGAGAUACCCCUUUUGUGGAAGAAAUAAAAGGAGAAUGUCAAGUUAAAAAGGUAAAUAAAAUGACAUCUAAGUCAAAGAAAAGGAAGACCUCCAUAGAUCCUUCUCCAGAGAGCCAUGAAGUAAUGGAAAGAAUACUUGACAGUAUUCAGGGAAAGUCUACUGCAUCUGAACAAGCUGAUAAGGAAAACAAUUUGGAGAAUGAGAAAAUGGUCAAAAAUAAGCCAGACUUUUACACAAAGGCAUUUAAAUCUUUGUCUGAGAUAUAUUCACCCAACAUACAAGAUUCUUCCUUUCACAGUGUUCGUGAAGAUUUAGUACCUUUGAGCAUUUCUUCUAGUAAAAAUGUGAUAAUAAAAGAAAAUUUUGCCUUGGAGUGCUCACCAGCCUUUCAAGUAAGUGAUGAUGAGCAUGAGAAAAUGAACGAGAUGAAAUUUAAAGUCAACCGGAGAACCCAAAAGUCAGGAAUAGGCGAUAGACCAUUACAGGACUUAACAAAUACCAGUUUUGUUUCAAAUAACACUGCUGAAUCUGAAAAUAAUUCAGAAGAUCUAUCUUCAGAACGGACAAGCAGAAGAAGAAGGUGUACUCCUUUCCAUUUUAAAGAGCCAAGCCUCAGAGACAAGAUGAGAAGAUGAAGUGAAUGUAUGGAUUCUGGUUUUUCUGAAUUUUCAAAGCAUAAAGAAUCAAAACAAAUAUAACUAGUAUCAAGAAGAUGAAGUGCUUGAUGAAAAGUUUUUUUGGCCUUUCACGGGGUGUUGAUUUGUCCAUUCUUAAUAUUUAUUAAUAGGUAUAUGUGCAUAAAAUAGCUAUUUUGUAACAUUAAGCUUUUUAAGUCAUUUUGGUCAUCAUAUAACAUCUUCCUAUUUAUUUAAGCUUCUUUUUACCUAGUCGCCUUUAACCAAACAAUAGCUAUUAACGUUUUAAGCAAAUAAAAUGUGUUAAAUACCUUUGCAUUGGU